AUGGGGAAAUCCCACAUUCUGGAGAAACCAUUUACCCCAGAAGAGCUGGAAAAGUUCAAAGGGAUCCUGCAAAGUCUCCCAUCCUACAAAGACGGUACAAUCCACAAUUCUGAAUAUAUCAUAUUCUGCAACGCAGCCGGUAUUCCGACCACACCUGAACAAGCCGAAGCGUACAAAAAUUACUUCCGUGUCCCGUACGGAGAUGAACUAGCUCGGGUCAGCGAUAUCAUAAAAGUGUUCGAAAGCCUGCACGAUAUCCAAGCCUACUGCCUCACCGUUGCCAAGCAUUUCGACAAGAAUGGCGACGGACUUAUCUCAGCGGAUGAGUACGAAGCUGGCGUUGCAGCGAUGAAAGCCUUCGACCCAGGCCUGUUUGGGGAAAAGGGGAAAUUCAAGUUUGACGAAUUAAUAAAAAAAGCGGAUACAAAUAAGGAUGGGAAAUUACAAGUUGAAGAGUUGGCUGCCUGGUUUUCAACUAUGUAA